AUGGAAUUGGAGCAAGGAACCAAUGUCGGUCUGGGCGUAGCAACCCUAGUUCUUGUUCUAAUAGUGUUGUUUAGAAUGCAGCGAUCAAGAUCGAGCCCGAGCCAGCCAAAGUACAAAAAAGGUUUAACCAUGAUGGGAGCAAUUCUUCUACUUGUUCAUGUGAUACUAUGCAUAAAAGAGUUUGAGCAACAGUUGUUCUUCGACUACAAUAAUAUCUAUCGACUAGGAAUGAUGGUAAUGCAAAGAUUUGCUCCUCUCCUUUUCGGUGUACUCUUCAUAUUAGUAGUAGUGAGAGCAUGUUGGGGAGGCCGUAAACACAAAUCAGGAAUAGUGAUAGCGAUAGCAGUUAUCAUGCUCGCGUUUGUGGCACUUUUUGCUAGAGAGUCAAUUCCAAAAUACUCGCGAGUUAGAGCCGAUACUUCUCCCCGUGGUCGAUAUCCCCCCUACGCCAAGGCCUUCGCCACCGCGGGUGAUUCCAGAAUUCUUACAAGGUACAAAAAUAGAGUCGACACCUCCACCCGUGAUCAACUCGUCCCUUAUGUUAACGCCCUCGCGAGAGACGUCGUCGAAAAUCUCCGUGUCCAUGGCGGGCGGUAGAUAUAUGCCCAUGCCUUCUCCACAUCUGGUGAAUCAUUUCAAUCGCGUAAAAACAUUUGACAUACGAAAGAUAACAACCAAAGUAUGCUUUCUUGUGGUCGCUGCCAUAUGUGUCUACUGUGGAGUUUAGAGCGAAACUGUCUACGAGACUACGACUGAUAUGUAUAUACUUCCAUCUUUUGGAAGAGUGAAUUAUUCAUAAACAAGAUCUUUGGAGGAUGUAGAAGGCAUUGUCACACUUCUGUGAUUUAAUAAA